UCAAACGUUACCUACUGUCUCAGUCAACUGUCAGUUAAAGACCAUUCAAUCCAUACAUCAUCAAUUUUUAUUGUAAUCAGCUGUGUUUUCUUUAUUCUUUUAUUUUUAUUUCUUCUUUUAAUAAUGGCGCGCUACUUCAAAGAACAAGAUAUUGAUGAGUUUCGUGAAUGCUUCUACCUGUUCGCUCGAUCUGGACAGAUCACCUCCCUGGAUGAGCUGACUGUGGUGAUGAGGUCGCUAGGCAUGAGUCCCACCAUACAAGAGCUGACUGGUUAUUUGAAGGGAAAAGGUGGUAAAAUGUCGUUUGCCGAUUUCCUCGAAGUCAUGCACAUACAUUCACGUGCUGAGAACCUUCCUAGUGAGGUGGUAAACGCGUUUAAGGCGGGUGACGUGGCUAGGACCAGCGUCAUUCCAGCGCGUCAGCUGCGCAACUUACUCCAGAACUGGGGCGAGGGGCUCUCCUCCAGAGAGGUUGACAACAUAUUCCGUGAAGCGAACGUAUCAAAUAAUGGUACAGUGAGAUAUGAAGACUUCGUGAAGAUCGCCUGCGCACCUGUCCCCGAUUACUACUAAACUAAUUAAAUCAAAAGGAAAUCUUACUCUUGUAUGAGAAAGGAUUUAUAUAGCAAUAUCUAUAUGUUGUUGUUACAGUAUCUAUAUAUAUAUAUAUAUAUAUAUAUAUAUAUAUAUAUAUAUAUAUAUAUAUAGAUGCCAGUUAUCCAAUACAUAAUAUUGAAAAGAGGAACCCGCUUGUAAUGAAUAUAGAUUUUUUUAUACCACUGAGGUGGCAAACAAGCAUACGGCCCACCUGAUUGUAAGUGGUUACCGUAGCCUAUGAACACCUGCAAUACCUCUGUCCCGUUCGUGUUUCUACCGUGAAGCAGUUGUGUUUGCAUGGCUGUGUUUCGGUUUGAAGGGUGGGAUAUGGCGUGAAUUUACAGGGUACAGACGAAUAAUACCUGAGUCCUCAAGAAUGGCAACGCAUGGGGGGUAUCGUGGGCGAAACAGUAUACUCUGUUAUGUGCAUGGUACUGCUCAUGUCUAUAGGCGACGGUUACCACUUUCCAUCAGGUGGGCCGUCAGCUUGUUUGCCAUUCUAAGUUGUAUAAAAAAAAAUAGUCAUGCAAGUAUUUUUUAUUAAUAUAUUGUAAUAUUACAUUCCAUUUUGAACUAUAUAUGUACCGUCCAAAUGUUAUUAUUUUUUUACACAUUAUAUUGGAGUUGUGGUGAAUUUUUAAAUAAUAAAAGUAAUUAUUUUCAAA